CCAAGUUACAAUUGCAUUUUUUUUUCUUUACCUUUUCAUGACACAUGCCAUGCUUAGUAAUUACGUUUAUUAGUAGGAAAGAGAUGAGUUGUUUCGAAUCUCCAUUCGAAUGGAGCAUAAGAGAAGAAUUGAUUCAAGAUUUACUUGAAGCUUUACUCCAUAAGACGAGUCAUGAUGAGAAUAAUAUCCCAUUUGUUAAUUUAAGUCGUUACGUCUUAUUGACUUAUGGUUACACUGUAAAACCUGAUUACGAUAAAGUUCGAAAAUAUAUCGAAAUCACUAAUGAGAUUUGGAAUUCCAACAAAAAAAAAUUGCAGCAAGAGGGAGUUUCCGUGGAUGCUGUCAAUUCCAUCAUACAAGCUACUGAAUACCGUUCCCUCACGAUAAUGAAGAAUGAGCUUGGCAAUGUUGAGGACGAAAUAGUUGUUCCUCAAGAUUUUCAGACCCUUGAAAGUGACGCUCGAGCCACGUUAAACGGAUUGAAAAGUGUGGUAUUUUGUGUUCUUGAAUCCUACGACACGGCUAUAAAUUACGCAAAAAAAGCCGUUAGCGAAAAUCCCAAUUGCCCCCUGUGGCAUUUUAUUUUGGGCACAAAUUUACAAAAAGUCAGACGAAAACACAGUCUACGCUCUUUACCAAGUCAUGAAGAAUUAGAUAGUUUUCUUGUUGCAUACAAUAUGUCAAAUAAUAAUUCCGACUACGGCUUUUAUUUAUUGCGUACUCACUCAGAUAACAACAACAAAGAGUUAGCCCAUAGUAUAGCUAAAGAAAUGCAACAAAAGUAUCCAGAAAAUAAUUUACUACAAUUGAAGUUAGCAAGGCAUUUUAUAAUAUACAACCUCUUAAAUGAUGCCAAGAUUUCUCUGGAUAUGAUGGAAAAAUCGGGUGACGAUUCGAAUUUUUUCAUGUACACUAUGGGACUCUAUUAUUCAAAAAUUAAAGAGUGUGAGAUGGCCUUGAUUUACUUUAAAAAAGGAACAGAAGAUCAUUUUCGGUGCAGUUUGCGAUAUGCACUGUGCAUGAAGUAUGUCGACAAAGAUUUCAGUUUAUUAUAUCACUUAUUUUUAAUGUUGAAAAAGUUUGAACAAAAAGCUUAUCAACAAGAAAUUCUCAUAUAUAUCGGUAUUGAAUAUUACCACAGAUGUCAGUACGAAAAAGCUAUGAAAUUUUGUGUCCGUGCUAUUAAAAUAAAUCCAAAUUUAGCUCUCUUGAAGGAUUUUGUUCACAGGACAUAUAAUUACGUCAAUAAAUUCAAUGUGUAUAAUUUUAUAGAUGAAGCUCUAUUAACCAGGUUGAAAAAAGUAGGCAGGGAGUAUUCAGUUGAAGAAGAUGUACUAGAAUAUGAGAACAUACGUAAAACGUUAUCAAUGACAUCAACACCAGAAACGGACUCUACCUUAGAUUAUGGAGAGUGAAGCAGUAACAAAAAAUUAUUAUAAAAAAGUGGUUGUUUCCAAUGCACUAUAAUGUAGAGUUAAGGUAAUCCGUUUGUGUUAAUUUUGUAAUGUUUAUCUCACCAAGUGUACCGUAAAAUAAAUUUUCAUUUACU